AUGGUGACCCCGGUGACCCCGGUGACCGGAACAUUGCAGAACGGCCUGCAGCGCCGUUUCAAGGGAUGCUCCAAGAUCGGCGAGUACGAGAUGUUGCAGAAGCUGGGCGAGGGAACAUUUGGUGAAGUGCACAAGGCACGCCAACGAAGCACAGGCAGCGUCUUUGCGCUGAAGAAGAUCUUGAUGCACAACGAGAAGGAUGGCUUUCCAAUCACUGCGCUGCGAGAGAUCAAGUUGCUCAAGAUGCUAUCUCACGACAACGUUUUGAGGCUCGAAGAGAUGGCAGUCGAGCGACCGAGGGCAGAGGGUCGUAAGCGCGCUAUUCUGUACAUGGUCACGCCGUACAUGGACCACGAUCUAUCAGGGCUGCUCGACAACCCAGAUGUAAAGUUCCAGGAGGCGCAGAUCAAAUGCUAUAUGCUGCAGCUGUUCAAGGGCCUGCAAUACCUGCACGACAACCACAUCCUUCACCGAGACAUGAAAGCCGCCAAUCUGCUCAUCAACAACCGCGGGCGACUUCAGAUCGCCGAUUUUGGUCUUGCAAGACACUACGACGAACCAGUGCCGCAGCGAGGCAAGGGCAACGGCGAAGCUCGACGCGAGUACACAACAUUAGUCGUCACACGGUGGUACCGACCUCCAGAGCUCCUCCUCCAGCUGAGAAGAUACACCCCCGCGAUAGACAUGUGGGGGGCAGGUUGUGUGUUCGGCGAGAUGUUCAAGCGCAAACCCAUUUUGGCUGGGCAGAGCGACCUCCACCAAGCGCAGAUUAUUUUCGAACUUGUCGGUUCACCAAACGACCAGACUAUGCCUGGCUGGCACGAGCUCCCCGGCGCUGAGCCGAUUCGUCAGUUCCCGCCCAGUAAUGGCACCAUGGCGCAAAGGUUCCACGAGCUGUCGCCUACAGGGCUGUCGUUGAUCAAAGACCUCAUGAGACUCGACUGGCGGCGCCGCAUCAACGCAAUCGACGCAAUUGACCACCCCUACUUCAAACAAAACCCCAGGCCCAUGCGCGAAGAGGACAUCCCCACCUUCGCCGACUCGCACGAACUCGAUCGCCGCAACGCCCGCGGCCAAAAGCAGGCGCUCCCACCUGCUCCCGCGGGCGGAACCGUCGGCGUAGGACCAAAUGGCGAAUGGACCGGUUCUGGUCCACCACCAAAUUCAUGGGGCAACGGCGACAGACGCUAUGGCGGUCCUCAAGACCGCGGACCACCGGGCGUCGACAGGCCCCCGAGAGGCUACAAUGAGCGUGGCCCGCCACGGUACGACCACAGAGCAGCCCCUCCCCCACCGCCGGAAGGAGGACGAAGACCAAACUGGGGCAAUGGCGCCAACCUGCCCCCUCCACCAGGCGAAGGUCGACACCCACUCCCGCUCCCGCCACGGUACGGACCAGAUGGAGGCGACCGGAGACGACCCCAGCCCCCACCAGGCGACACUUACAUCCCCAGCUACCAAGCAGGCGAGCGUCCCCGCGGAUCACGCGAGCCCGACGACCGCCAGCAAAGACGAGGAUCCCGCGAUUCUGGCAACUCAAGAGAAGGCCACACAGACGAACGCCCCGACCGCACCCGCCCCUACCGCGACGACCGUCGGCCCGGCGACUCUCGCGGCUUCGCAAGAGACAGAAGGGACGGACGGACCCGCAGUCGCAGUCCCGCCAGAAGAGACGACCGCGACGGUCGCGACAACCGGGGAGGGAGAAACGAGCGCGAUCCUAGCGAUAUCUACCGACGGCGGUAG